CUUAAAGGCUCUAUUGACCAUAUCAAUUAUUUCUUAAACCGGAACAAAUCAAUGAAUCUUCCCAGGAAGUCUGUUAAUAUCUCUGUCAAAAAUAUUAUAGAGAGAGAUUAUAUCAAAAAUUCUCAAAUAGAACUUCAUAAGGGUAGCAAUAGCUGAUUUCCACCAAUGAGAAGCUUGGAUCAUUCUCAGCAUUACCAGUCAGGCUUAGGGUACAUGCACCCACCAUUUCCACUUGAGAAUAAAUAAGAUUAUCAUGAAAAAUGCACAUGAUCAGUUUCGGAGUUUUGUUGAUUUGAGCCAAAGUCUUAGCUUUGACCAAAUCCAGAAUGAUCAAUUAAGAAAGAGAAAGACUUUGAAAGAGAAAACUUCAUUCCAAAAUUCCCAUAAGGAGGCAAAUAAAUUUGAAGUGAACUUUAAGAUGCCAAAGCAGAUCCUUCGCAGCAACUUAGAAGUACUUAAAGUGAUUAAAGAUAAGAUGGAGCAUGGCUAGUACUUAAGUUCAGUAAUCUA